GCCACGCACCAGCUGUCCGGUUGACCGGUGACGCGAAGCGGAAGGCUUUCUGGCCUUGGUCAUCCCCACCUCCACCGCUACCUUCCUUUCGAGUUACUUACGCUCUCUUGUGAGCCUAUUGUGGAGCCUCGGGGGCCUUAGUGUCUUGCGUAAUAGACUCCAAACUCAAACUUCGUCGACAUGACCUCCUCCACGCAACAAACCAUGGCCGUCUCGAUCGUUGCAGGCACCAACGGCCUAUUACAACUAGGCUUAUCAAUCUCCGAUCUAGCCUUGCUGGUCGAUCAAGGCAAGAAGUUCGGCAAUUUCGUUCGAGCUGGACAAAAUGACAACGAUCUGUUUGAUGUUCUCGGUGAAGAUCGAGAAGCGAUACUCAAAAGGGGUGGACUCGUGAAUGCACCUGAGAUGGAGAAGAGAUGGCCAAUGAUGGACUUUGUCCACCAAGGUGUGAAGAUCAAAGGCAAGAUUGUGCAAAGCUCACGGACUGAAUCGUCCGUACGCGAGGCUAAUCAACGGAAAAAGAAGGCCAGCACUCGCGACGAUGCGGAUAGCUUCACGUGGGUCAUGGUCGCGAUCACUUCCGCGUUGGAUGAAUGCCUGCCAUCAAGUGAGAUCCAGGAGCUGCUCAUCCACGUCUUCGUGGAUAUAUUGGGUCGCGACGAUGACAUUGCACCUGCGCUGAGAGUAACCAUCAAAAAGAACGUUGAGUCCUGGAGGUCGUUCGGAUGUGCCAGAGAAAUAGCUUUCGCUAUCAAGCAGGAGAUGCGCAAGAGUUUAUCGAACGGGACGUCCGAUCAGUCCUCGGCACGUGCUAUCCCUCAGCUGAACGAGGCAGAGACGGAGGACAUGAGACAGAUGCUAACAUGGCUUCUCAACGGAGAUGUGACAGUCUUCAAUGCCAUGUCUCCGAUUACCUUCUCCAUUGCUGAAGCUUUGAAAAGAGUCAACCUCGACCUCUGCACCGACGGGAAUCUUACCCACGAACGACAAGCAUGCGUUAGGUAUCACCAUGGAGGUCGGCCUCUGGGGGUAUCUAGCUUUAGCAACAAGCCGAUCCCAAGGGGAUUAAGUUCUAGACCUCUGCAGAUAUCGUGGCCUCGCGACAGGCCUGAGUCAAUGAUCGACGCACUCGGGGUCGGCCGCUCGUUGGAAAACCUCAUGAAUCAAUCCUGGCAACGUGGAAAGAUCGCUGCCGGUACCAUGGAACUUGUAGGACAAGCAGAUGGACCAUAUGGAGCCAGUGAAGAGGUCUAUUACGCCCUUCAGAUUUCCGAUGAUGCAUACGUCAUCAAAAGAUACGACCAUCACAUUGGUAUGCUCGCCGAUCAAGGUCUUCCUGUAGAUACCGAAAACACCUAUAGUGCUUUGGAGUGGAUCCUCCAAGGAGAGCCACCAGACAGCUCGCGGUGGCUUCACAGCCAUGUUGCGCAAGACUAUCUGCUUCGCGUCGAUAACGCAGACGCGGUGCCCGAAGAGCCAUACAAGUCUGUAUAUUUCAAGUAUCAGGCCUUUGUAUUCGGCUUCUACUAUCAGCUUCUAACGAAGCUCUUGUCAUUUGGUCUUGUUGAAGCCACGGCCUUCUUUCACGGCAUAUGGGGCGCAAACAGCACAACAUUCCUAGCCAUGUGCACUCAGCUCGGCCGAUGUUGGCGACGAGAUGAGAAAGUCAGUCGGGCCCAUAUGUUGUACGUACUCUCAGCCAUGUAUAACGGGCGCCGCAAAAUCUUCGACGCAACAUCGAAGCUUCCUCGACUUGUCGGUGUUCUUGGACCCAUCUCAGUGCUGGCACUUCCCCUUGUCCGGACUACAGAUGACCCCAAAGAAAUUUCGAAGAUUGCCAUCGUCGACCUGCCAAUUGUUGACCUCAGUGCCGAGGGUGCUGAUGGGGAUUUAAUGGCAAGCGAAGGCGGAGGAAUACGUUUUGAGUUCCCAGGCGAGCACGAGCACGCGACGACAAUCACAAAACCAUCUGGUUCGACACGGAAAUGGACCGUACACCCCUACAUGAGCAUAGCAUUAGGCGGGGACGGCACCGGUGGCGUGGUCAUGGUAGCUCGGUGUGGCAAAAGGCUUGUUGGGUGGUUCAAUCCACUGGCUGCCGACGUUUCUUUUCUCAGUUCGGCCUACGUAAAAGAGUCUUACAGUGAAGGGAAUGUGGUUGCGUUCGAGAUAAAAGACGAACAUUGGGAGGCUGGUAAAGUUCUACAGCCUAGCCUGAGUCUAUCAGGCCGAGCAUUUGGCGUCGUGCGCUCUCACAACUCUCCCAGUCAACGAUACGCUGCGGCUGGAUUCUAUGCCGAGCGAGGUGGAGAGAUAACUAUCGCUCGGUCUGCUACCGAAUUCGUCGGGGCCUUCGACAGGCUACAAGCACAGGAUUCAGGUAUGGUCAUUGCAUGAUUGCUACAACCUGUUUUAUAUCUCAAACAACGUCAAUUGAAUCACAUUUUGCUUCCUCUCGGGAUCUUUACGAUAAAGUGC